AUGGACAUUUCAAACCCUCGACGUAUUUUAGCCGUCAGCCGACAUGACUCGGGUUUACCGGAACUCUUACAGGGCCUCACUGGUUCAUCGCCUUCGUUGGCUUCAGGCACAAUAGCAGGCACAACACACCACUGGCCUUUGAAAACUGCCUACUACACAGCAACGGUCCCGAUCUGGCUCGAUGAAAUCACCUCACCCUCCACGUGGUCCAGCGAGUUCCUCGCCCCGGAAGCUAAAGAAGUUCUCACAGCCCUUGGUGCCUUCAUCGUCUGCUUCCGGAAACCCAUCGAUGAAGCGGAGCUGGAAAAUGUGAAGGAAAUGCUUGAGAGUGUUGGUGAGGUGGUCAAAGAGGGCUGUGGCAUGGCAUGGGAUGGUGUCUGUUUGGCUGUAGCGAUGCCACAGGGAGUGACGCCUUAUCUGGAAAAGAGCUUCGAUGAGUGGGAGGAGUUGUGCCAGGAUUUCGGAUUUGAAUUUGUGGACUUUGAGAGCAAGGGGCGGAAUGAGUAUUCUGAACCAAUGGGAAUUGAAAGGUUAAGGGAGGCACUGGAGACGAACGACUGGGAGAGUAACGAGCUCGGUGAAGAGUUAUCUCUGGAAGAUCUUGAGGACGGGGACGAGGAAGGUGAAGGCAGUAUUGGAUUCGGCAUCGAGGCAGCUGAGAUGGAAAUGGAGAUGUUUGGGAUGAAGCAGGCUAUCUAUGGCGGUAAUAAUGGAGAAGAAAUGGACGAUGAGGAGGGCCAAGACGAGGAAGUCGAACAGCUGCAGGCGAUGGUGUUGAGAAUGCAGGCUGUUAGAGAUAUGGGAGCAGAUAUGCCUGAAGCAGAAAGGAAGAGGUUUGCUGCAAAAGCAGUUAAUGACAUAUUGAAGAAAUUAUAA